GAAAUCUGUCGUUGCAUGUUUCCCGUGCACAAGCAAAGAAAAUUAAUAUUUGUUGAAGCAAGUGGUAUCUGAUCCGAAACUGUGAAAGGAAAACUGCAAGCAGCUGAACUAUCUCACGUCUAAUUUACAUAGCGGUGGCUUCACGGAAAUCAUUCUUUCAUCUGGACACUUACGUGCCACGUCUGCCUUCUAUUGCACGAAAUAUCCGAUGUCACGACAGAUCGAUCGUGAACCAUCGUCUUUAAACUUGCAGUUUGUAAAUGUUCAGUAUUGGGUUUGUGUGAUAUUGGCUCAGCGGUAAAUUCAUUUUGGCAAAAGCUGGUGUUUUGUGUUUCGAAUGCAAAUCGUUGAUCAGCAUUUGGCUGUCGAAAGCACUGUUUUGUCUUCGAUUUGUUGACGGGACGUUGACCGGGACGAUAUAAAUUGGCGAGGAGAACCCGCUUAUAUUCUGUGGACUGCUCAUGAAUAAUUUCGCAAAUUUAUAGUCUGCAGAUCGUUGCGGCUGUAUGCAAAAUACUGGGCCUCUAUAAAUAUACAAUGAGUGGAUUCUAGAAGCGAUUCAUGCCGUGGUGUUGUUGACGGAACUAAAGCCAACUUUUUAUUCGGUAGACUUUCACACUUCGUCGACUUCUCCAUGACUGACGUGGAUUCAAAUUUUCUGUCGCCAGAAUCGAUACUGAAGCGAACUUCAAGCGAGCCUGAUAUUUUUGGUUCGGGCAUUCGACAUAGAACAUGUAGCAAUUCUUCCCAACUGCAAUAUAACAGAGCGAGAGAGCGAUCUAGGGCUUCGUUUACAAACAAGGAACGGUCAAGAUCUCCAUCCCCGCCGAAUGGUGUUUUGGUAACUGAUUAUGAAGGACAGAUGAUUGUUGACGGAAGGUAAGAGAAACAGAAGUUGAGAGCUUCCAGUUGAGAUUAGAUUUGAGUAAUUGUUAUCACAGAAUCGAUUUGUACUGCAUGCUUUCAGUACACAUGAUCAUUACAUAUAUAUAUAUAAGCCUAGAAUAUUUUUUUAUUGUCUUAUGUAAAGGAUAUCAAUCACCUUGUUCAAGACUGGUUUAAUACUUGCAGAAAAAUAUUUGUUCCUCAAGGAAAUAAUGUAGCAGUAUUACACGUCGUUUCUAGAAGUAUGAAACAGCCCAGUCGAUUGAUAUUCUCAGAUAAUCUCACAUUUAGUUUCGAUUUCGGUCUUCCUGUAUUUUUAUUAUGAGUUUAUUUAUUCUUUUGCCAAAAAGUUACCCGCAUUUCCUUCUUUUUGUCUGAUAAUUAAGUUUUCAUUUUGCAAUGGCCUGUCCCAGUCCUAAUCUAGCCAGAAACAACAUCAGAUAACGAUAAAACUAUGUAAGUUCCGUGCGUGUGGGAAGUAAGUUCUUGUGGCAGAAUCCUGGUGAUGCAAAAUUUAAUAUAAGUUAUACCAAGGAUCAAAACAUUACCACCUGUUCGUUCAACUCCACUUAGUUAUUGAUAAAAUCCAGUAACUGUGCAUUUAUGAUAUGUAAUAAUUUAUUACUUUGACUGUAUUCCAUUUGUCACAAAGUUUUUAAGGCUGUGCUACAGUGGUGCCUGGUGCCACCUGGCAGCUCUCUUAAAUUUGCCUUUAAGCCUACUCAGAACAUUCCUAGGCUAUCAUGCAAUAACAUGACAUCUAACCCAUCCAGGGCAGGGUGGGGAGAGAGGGGGAAAAAAGUCUACACAUGAGGAUGUGGCUGUUUAAGUAAUUUAAGAUUAAAAAAAGUUAAUAUUAUAUUAUUUUUAACUUCAAGUUAUUCCAGGUUGAAGGUUGUUAUUAAAUUAAUAUUGUAAUUUUUUUUUAGCUCAUUGAAUGAUAGUUGUGCCAGUGACGAGUUCUCCUUCAGAGAUCGUGCCCCAACUUCUCCAAGCCGAGAGGAAGUAAAGGCACAAGCAUUUGAUCGAUUACAAGAAGAACUAAAGAAAGCUCAAGAAGUGAGAGGCUUUGCAAGCAUUUUUGUGAUUUUUUAAAUAACGAUUACUGACCACUGCAUAUUUUUGUAAAUGAUGAUGUAUAUAUAUGUAUGCAAAAAGAAUUAUUGAAGGGAUUUAGUUAUGUUAAUUUUUACCAAUUAGAACUGUCCGGUAUUUGAGUGAUGUUACUAGAGCUUGCUGGCAUGCUACAGGUUAAUAGAAAUAAUGUAUAGUAAACCAUUAGUAAUGAAAUUUUUAUUAUUAUUGUAAGAAGAGAACUAAUAUUAUGGUCAGUUGCCAAUACUUGAGACAUGUAAAAAUACCAGUUUGACAUUGCUUGUGGAAAACAUGCAUUGUGCAUGCAACCCACAGAUUAGUCAGUUACACUGUAUCUGCUAGUAGAUAUAUAUGCAUGUAAGGCCAUCCUUUUUUUUGUUUAGUGUCGAAUGCGUUUCCUGAUAUUGGGUCAGUCGGUCAGAUUGGAAAAAAAAUUCUAAAAAAAAUCACAUGGAGCCUCAGAAUAGGAGGCCCUGUUACCCCAGGAUGACAUUUAAAGUUAACAUUUACAUAUUUGGAUUAACAAAAUGCACAAUAUACUGUGAAAAAAAUGUUCCUGUUUUUGUUCCUGUUUUUCUCUACACUGUUACUGUGCUCAUUUUUCAGAUUAAAAGAAUUAUUUCAAGAGAAAAAUGGUUUAUCUACAUCGUUACUUCUUCUUUUAUUUUUUUGAAAGUGCCAAAAAUUUGGGUCUGUCAGAUGACGCUAAAUGGAGAAAAAAAAGAGGAUAGCCUAAACUAAAUAAAAAUCUGUAGGUUAAUGCUCUAAUUUCCUAAAUUACCUGCAGGUUUAUAGCCAAUGAGAAUACACAUAGUGAGUACAAUGUAUAAUAAUAUCAAAGAAAUAUGCUAAUAUUUUUGUUUUAUUGCUGUGAAGGAACUUAAAUUGAAAGAUGAAGAAUGUGAAAAGCUGUCCAGGGUGAGGAAUGAACUGGAGGCAGAGUUAGAGGAAUUAACAGCAAGUCUAUUUCAGGUUUGUUAAAAUUUUUGAUUCGUGAAAAUAUCAAUAGUAAUUGAAAAAUACUAUGAAACUGGUGUAGUGUUGAUCAAAGUAUGUUUUGCAUUUGCUGGUUUUCAAUUUAACUUCAAAAUGUGAAUAAAAGUAAAAGGAAAUGCAAGUUAAGUUCAUCAUGGCCCAUGCAGAGCUUCAAUUAAGUAAUAAAAUAAUGUGUGUAUACAUUUGCAAUAUUAGUAGUGACAUUUCAGACGGGACGCAUUCACUAACAUUUUUUUGUCACAAUAGUAGUAUGUCAUUUAUAACAAUGCUGUGCUUUAUGGUUCAUGGAGUGGCCUUCCAUAAUUUCAAGUAUGAAUUGUUGAUAAUGAUGGAAAUGGUGAUGUCAUGAUUGUUACAACCACUUGCAAAUACUAUAUUGCAGAGCAGUAAUAAUGCACAGAACUUGGGGAAUUCAUUUUUUCACAAGAACACUUUUAAACCAUCGCAGUAGCCAAAAGCUGAAGAUCCCUCUUUUCAGAACAGCCUCCAGACAGAGAAUUUUUUAUUACAGGACUAUUAAGAUUUGGAACAAUUUAGAACCUCUUAAAUUAAGCCAAUCUGUUCACAUUUGUAAAUGUCUCUUAAGGAAGCAACUUCAUGCAGCUUUUAGAUAAUUUAGUUAAGUUUAAAACGUAUUGUAAUUGGUAAUUUAAUUAAGCAUUGUAAUUGGUAUUAAUUUGUAGUGGUGUAAUUAGUUAAAUGUAAUACUUGUAAAUAAUGAUUGUUCCUGAAAAGCCCCUUUGAGGAGGAAACAGUAAAGUAUGUAACUAUGCAUGUAGUAUGUAUCUUGCUUGUGCUGUUUUCCUUAAUUAGCAUAUGGGCCAUGUUGAGACUAAAGCUCUGGUCAAGUCCGUCUAUGAGCCAGCUGUGCCUAUUAAUUUGUUGAUUUGCCAAUCGAAUUGAAGGGAAUUUUUUGAAAGACACUUUUGGUAGUUUGUUGAGGCCAUCGGGGGCCAGAACAAGGAUCUCUGCCUUGCUUCAUAGAUGUUACUAGCUGGGGUUAGAUUUCAUCUGCAAUGCAGGCUAUCAUGUUUGCCUUAGAUCUCCUAUGUACGUUUUUAAUAAUUGUAACUAUUUUAUAUAUUAUUGAAAGUCGUACAUAAAUGUAAUGUCUAUUUUGACAGGAGGCGCAUGCAAUGGUUAGAGCAGCAAAAGUAAAACAGGCGGCAGCUGAGAAGAGAUUCAAAGAAGCAAAUAAUAAGGUUGGUGUGCAGUGUCAAUAACUGACUCGUCCCCACUCAUCUUCGUGUGAUGCGCACGGCAGGAGCAGGGAUAGAGAUGGCUGGAGAGAAGAGAGUAUUAAUUGAUAAGGCAAUGUAGGGUGGAUAGAGUAUUGUACCCCAAAGGGAGGUGAACCAUGGUUUGGGUAGAGGGUUGAUGCCCUAAAUGAGACAGAUAAAAGCGCGUGCAUACAAAGCUGUCAAACAUACACUAAAAAAGUUGCUUAACAGUUAUAACGUGCCAAAACAUGGUCCACAUAGUUCAGAGUACCACUUCUCAAACCAGUAGAGGAUAACAAUCAUAAUACUUCUUUCAGACCCUCCCCCAACUAGUGGCCAACAACUUAACUUGUCUAUGCCAAAAGUCUGACUAGGGACCUGAUGUAAGAACUUCAUCAUACGUAGAUCUAUAAGUUAUGUUGUUACCAACACCAGGUGGAAGUACUCCAGGCCGAGGUGACUGCACUGAAGCAGUUGGUGUUAACAUCAGCAUCAUCUCCCGGUCACAAAAAAGGGAUGGGAUAUCGCCGACACAGUACAGAGCACCUCAGUCCAUGUGUAGAAUGUGGCUCUUAUGACUGCGACGCUGCUGUUGCAAGGUUUAAUGGAACAUGUGCUGAACAUUCUCAUCAUCGUGGGGACACCAUGAAAGAUGAACCAGAGGUUGGUUGACCAAAAAAAUGGUUUGGGAAAGUCUUCAAUUUGACUUUUCCCCAGCCUUCUUCAUAAUUUGCAUAGUAUGGGAACACAUCAUUCGUACAAUGGGUUGAAAAGUGAUCCUUGUCUCCCCACCUGACGCUCCCAUACCUUACAUUUUAUCAAGAUAACUAGGUAUGAGUCAGGGUUUCAAGAACUUGAAAAGGUGCUGCCAUCAUAAGAUAAGGUAGAUGGCUAUCAAAGACAAUAGUUGGAGACACUGAAGUAAGCAACUACAGGACAUAGGACCAUAUUUUAAGGUGGCCCGGUGGCUUGCUAGUCAUGGCAACUGUUUAAAGAACGAGAAAGAUAAUUAUAAGACAUAAUUAAAGUAUAAGACAGACAUUAAAAAAAGGCGUAUAAGUAUAAAAUUUAAAGAGGUAUUACAGGUAUAUUUCUUUGCGCUUUAGUGGCUCGAUGGUUCGUCAGUCGAGGUUAGCAUCUUAAAGGACUAGAAAGGUAUAUAUAUUAUUUUAGUGGCUUGACAGCUCGGUUGCUCGUCUGUGGGGACUGUCGAUUCACUGAGCUGCUCCAACGAGCAUACCUAGGAAAUUUGGCCUAUAUUCUGUAGUUAUUAGCCCUGUACAUUUAUGAAACCUGAGAUGUGGUGUCACAUAUGACUUGUAGACAUCAAUAACUGGUUUUGUCUCAAGUUGUUUAGAUGUUAGAUGAAGCAUUGAGUCAAUUGUUUGAUACAGCUUCUGAAAUGAAGUGUAAUAUAUUUGAGGAAUUUCCAAGCCAAAGUCCAUAAAAUGUUAUCAUGGAAACUAAGAUGCGGUUUCCAGACCUCCUUCAUGGUAGCAAUUUCCUUUUUUAUUUUCUCGUCAUAAAAAACAAACUACAAUAAACUGUGGUGGAUAGAGUUCAAACAGUCAUCUCCAACAUCAGGAGUUAUGUCCAAAAAUCAGGGGCACCUAAGGACGGUUUCCUCCCAAAUGCAUUGAAAACACUUAAGGCUAUCUAGAAAUGCAUUCUAAGCGGCGCUAUAAAAUUUGUAUCUGUUUGGUCAUUCUGGGGAAACUUGAGUCUUUUUGAAAUUCAAUCAGACGCCCUACAUGUACCCAGAUGUGGGUAGUGACACGUCAUCAGUAUGGAGUUUCUGCGCUCCUUCCUCACACGUCAUUUCGAGUGUAAACCAGUGGUGACGUCGCUAAAUGUCGGCUGUUUUGUCAGGCUUGUGAAAUAACAGAGAAAUAUCUGUUUCGUUUCAGGUGGAUGUCAUUCUAUUCCGCGAGUUUCUACAGUGGAUGGAUGAACGUUCCGUUUCGCAUGAUCAGCCAUUUUUAGCUAGGAUUUACAAGGAAGACGUGGGCCCUUGCUUGAACUUUCCUAACAAAGAGGUAGACUUUUUUACGUUUCAAAGUCGGUUUUUUAUUUUAUAAAAUUACUCGUAAGGCGCGAAGCCCCGAAAUCAUGCGCGCGAGCUACAUUAUUGCGAGCUUGUAAUAGUGACCAACAACAAAAUACGGUUGUUUUGCUCGCGAAAAAUUUUAGCGACUCAAGGUAACUUCGACUACUUGCGUUUAGCAAUACUUCUGCGGAAAAUGUUUCAGACAAUCAAAGCUAAAUCUGGUACAUGUAUGAUGUACAAUUUUAGCGGUUCUAUAGAAAUUGUUUAAUUGUAUGUACCUAAAGUACUUCUUUCCAGUUUCAAAUCAAUUUUGCGCUUCUCGGUUAAUUGUCUUCUCUUGUCUCUUCAGCUCGCCCUUGCAGUACACAGUGCAAUUGAAAACAAUACUCUUAUGAUGGAAACAUUCACUGGCAAACCUCUGUUUAGGUAUGUAAUAUUAAUUAACUUCACAGCCGAACUGUGCCAGAAACCGCUGCUCAGCCCCGAUCUUAGCCUUACCUAGCUCACAAGGGGGUUUUGCUUUUUUACGCGUAACGUAAAGCAGGAGACCAGAAGAUGCAGCAUUUUGCCGGGUAGAUGAAUGUCUUCAAUCUUCAUCAGGGGCUUUCUAAAGAGUGAGCCGUUCUCCCCCAGCCAGUGAUGAUCGCCUUGCAGACGCAAACCUGUGACUGAAAACCUGCCGCAAUGCAAACUGUAAGCUGCGAUUAGUCGGUCCUUCUUCCUUUCAAGAAGAAGACCUGAUCGCAGCUUAGGCAAACCGUUAGUGGAGAAUUUUACAGUGGUUGCUGCUAACCCCCCCACGCCUUAAAAUCCUAUUUUUUUGGUCCGCACAUUUACAUUUUAAUAAUUCUAUCAUUUCUGUCCUUUUUUUUAAGCAGGAAAUGUGCUUUAACUGGUACGUCACGGUUCUGUGUUCAUCGUGUAAAGUUAACAGAAAAAGGAGACUGGUACAACCUGAGUCGAAACAGCAGAGUAAGGGUGAGUACUCGUUAACUGCUUUCCUUUUUCUACUUUAUUAAGCAGGUCCUAGUCGUUAAAAAGGUGGAUAACAUAAUCCACUGGAUAAACCUCUUUCUGAGUUGGUUUCCCUUAAACCUAUCCGCUGGAUAGUGAUUUAUUUAGUGAAUAGCACUAUCCAACGUUUGAACAACUGGGGCCAGAACUUUUGUGGAUUAAAAACAACACCGACUUCUUUUCAUCUUUUUCUUUUGUAAAUGGUUAGUGCAGUUAUCUUUAGUUUUUCUAAGAUGGAUAGAGUUGGGACCAGGGCUAACUGAAUUUUCAAAACGAGUUGUCCGCCUCACUGGCCAAUGUGAUGUGGUGCUAUGCAGUGUUCCAAAUAAGAGACGGGUCUCGGGUCAAUGACUCGACAAAGAAGGCUUCCUGACCCAACAGAUGAGAUAUAAGUGUAUAAGUGUUAAGUCAAAUAUAACGCAAAAAAAUUAAGGACAUGAUCUUGGCGACCCCUCAGAUGGUGUACAAGACCCCCCGCUUGAAAGAAUUGAGUGGAACGCUGCUAUGAGACUGGAUCGGUGUGGCGUCGAAUUGUAUUAUGGGACUCUUGGGAACAGUUUUUGACCCAUUUUCCCGCUCAACUUCGUGAUAGCCAAUAAAAGAAGUAAUGGCGUCCCCAAAAUCAGUCCCAUAAUGCAGCUUUAAACAACACCGACCCAGUCCCACGCUCAUCCUCAAAAUGGCCAAUAGAAAUUCAAACAAAUAACUGAAGAACGUCUCUUAACGGGAGGUGGUCAUCUUCUAGAAGUGUUGGUUACGAGAGACUUGUGUGUGCAAACCUAUGACUGAACCCUUUUUGACAGUGGCUAACGUUUCAACAACAUUAAUGAAAGGCUAAGACACAUGAUGUUAUCUUUUUUUUUUUAAUCAAAGAGAAGUCGUUUGUUGAUUUGUUUUGCUACUUGUGUUACUGUGUUAGAAAUCUUUUCGAAUGUCAAUUUUACGAAUUAACCGUGUCUUUGUUUUGUUCUAGAUUGUAGCAGUUUGUGAUUUUUAUACCUACGUACGCUACAUUCAGCAGGGACUUAUAAAGGCAGAUGGUACGUUUUGCAGUCAUAUCAUGUUCUACUAAAAUCCAACUAGUGGUCUAUUAUCAAUGCUGCGUUCUGAUUGGUUGAGCUACUACUAGGCUAUAUGUUAUAGCCUACUUGUAGCGAAAAGCGCGCCCUUUUUGGCGGCAAAAAAGGAUUAAAGUCUAGCUUCAGAGCUUUAAGUAGCAAAAAUUUUUUAUUCUCGAUAUUUUUGACCAACUAGUUGGAUUUAACUAAAACAAUUAUUCCUCUCGCCCUCAUGGCCUCUGAGUCAAUAGCCCAUUCGGCUUUCGGCCUCAUGGGCUAUUGACUCAGAGCCCAUUCGGGCUCGAGGAAUAAUUGUUAAAUAGUUUACGCCCUGUCCACACGAAUUCGUUUACGAAAAACUUAGUCUGCCAAUUCAUCCGUCUGUCCUCGCUUCUAGCCACCUUAACGUCCCACGCUGCAAGAAGCGAAGAGAGGCGGUUGUAUUCGUAGGUGAUGAAAAACUCCUUUUUUAUGUUAUUGCGCUUUUCAAAAACACGCGAACUCUGAAGUUCAAAAGCCGCCUUCACAAUUGCGUUUUUCGCUACCUUCAAUCAUAAAUACGAUUACAAGCAACGAACCUUGACACAUGGAAACACACAAAAUGGAUCGAAAUCCACCAAUCACCAAUCACAAACCAUAACCUUUUGAACCCUUCAUCAGGCUUGUGUACGAUAUCCUCCUGUUUCCUUGCUAUUUUAAAACAGCUUUAAACAGCCUGAGUUUUGAUCGUUUUUAGGCUAAACGCAUAAAAAUUGAAGCUUUUUUAGCGGCGCUCUCUCGCGCGCCGGAGCACUAUGGGUAAAAAGAUUUGGUUAUCUAUGCAUCCAAGAAAUUUGGUUCUGAGAAAUCGUCCGUACGAUCGUACUUUCCCCCAUUCAUGUACACCGGGGAGAAAUUUUCACAUUUCAAGCACCCGCGCGUUUCGGCGGUAAAUCGCAUGGCUACCCGGAUCUUUAGAGAGAAAAAUACAACAACAAAGCCGAGUCUUUUUUUGACUUAAUUUUAAUGACUACAUUAAGGUGGAUAACAGAGAAAGAGCUAGAGCCAGAGAUCAAAAACGAAGGAGAUCAAUUUCGUUGGAAGAGAAUCAUGACAAUUUGGAUCAAUUUGGAUUUUGCUCGCAACUUACGCGAGUUUGGCGUCGCUGGCUCGGAGGAAUUGGAGGUUAAUCAGUGAAUAGUGCAGGAUAUUCACUGAUUGAGCAGCCAAUCGGAGCGCGCAAAAAACACUAUCCACUGUUUUAGUAUGUACUAAAUGUAUAUAUUAAACGAAAACGUAUCAGUUUGGACCGCGGUCUGAGCAACAUGUUGUUAACUGAAAUAACCUAAUACUUCUUCUUCUUCCUCCUGUUAAGUAACUAAGUGAAUGCCAAAAGAUCUUCCUCUAAUUAUUUCUUGUUUGACAUACAGUGACGGAGAUAUACUGGGAGAUAAUGAGACUGAGAGGCCAAAUGGCGCUUGCUAGAUUGGGACUGGAAACUACUUGUUCAGGCAAGAUUCAGAAGAAUAGCAGUCAGUCCUAGCAGGAGUUGCUUCUUGCUGUUUUUUAGUAUUUCUUAGAUUCGUGAGUUGGGUUUUGAAGGUCUGAGUGGGGCUUAGUGUUUCUAGAGAAAAUUCUGUGUUAAGUGUUUGGAGGUUCUUCGGACAUCUUCGGUAGUCUUCGAAAAUCCUCUGAAAUAAUCGGGAUUGUCGGCAUAAAAUGGCCGAAAACUCCUUGAUAUACUAACCAAAGUAAUAUUUGCCAUUUGCUCAUAUCCCAUAAUACACCUUGUUUGCCCCC